AUGGCAAACCUCACCAUGGAGAACAUGACCGUGCUGAAUGACACGACGGUGCAGGGCAAUCACACCUUGGGCCCAUGGACUGACUACACUGUAGAGUACAAGGCGCUCAGUGUGUUCCUGGUGUGCCUCAUAUGCGGGGUGGGCAUCGUGGGGAACGUGAUGGUCAUCCUGGUGGUGCUGACCACCAAACACAUGCGCACGCCCACCAACUGCUACCUGGUGAGCCUGGCCGUGGCCGACCUGAUGGUGCUGACGGCCGCCGGGCUGCCCAACAUCACCGACGCCCUGUACGGUCAGUGGGUGUACGGGUACGUAGGGUGCCUGGGGAUCACCUACUUGCAGUACCUGGGGAUCAACGCGUCCUCCUGCUCCAUCACCGCCUUCACCGUGGAGCGCUACAUCGCCAUCUGCCACCCCAUCAAGGCGCAGUUCCUGUGCACCUUGUCCCGGGCGAAGAGGAUCAUCCUGCUGGUGUGGGCGCUCACCUCCGUCUACUGCGUCAUGUGGCUCUUCCUGUCGGACACCAAAGAGUUGGUGUACGACAACGCGGUGCUUCUCAGCUGCGCCUACAAAGUGUCCAGGAGCCACUACCUGCCCAUUUACUUCACGGAUUUCGCGGCGUUCUACGUGCUGCCCCUCAUGCUGGCCACGGUCCUGUACGGGCUGAUCGCCAGGAUCCUGUUCCUGAACCCGCUGCCGUCCGACACCAAGGACAAAGGCAGCACCAAGAAGUGGAAGAGGGAGAUGAGCCAGGGAGGGAGGAUGAUCAGCUCCGGCAGCUCCAGCAGCACCACUGCGGCCUCCCGCAGACAGGUGACCAAGAUGCUGGCUGUGGUGGUGAUCCUCUUCGCCUUGCUGUGGAUGCCCUACCGGACCUUGGUGGUGGUCAACUCUUUCCUGGACAACGCCUACCUGGACACCUGGUUCCUGCUCUUCUGUCGUCUCUGCAUCUACUUAAAUAGUGCCAUCAACCCGGUCAUCUACAAUGCCAUGUCCCAGAAAUUCCGUGCCGCUUUCAAGAAGCUGUGUCACUGCGGCACCCAGCGCAUGGAGAAACCAGCCUCUUACAGUGUGGCACUCACCUACAGUGUCAUCAAGGAGACGUCCAACGGUGAAAGUCCCGACCACUUCACUACAGAAAUGGACGCGUUCAACACACCAGCAGAUCAGUACCGACCCACCAAGAGGAUACCGUAUGAGGAGCCUUCCCCUGGGGGCGAUGUCAAAGUAUGA